AUGGCACCUAUUCGAACAUCAAAUAAACAGUCUAUCUCCUCAAAGACUACAUCGAUUGUACAAUCAAAGAAUAAAGAUUCGUCUAAUCAAGUGAAAGAAGAAGAAGAAGAAGAACAACAACAACAACAACAAAUAUACUAUGAUCAAUUUAAAUCACCUAUUGGAUGGAUAGGAUUUCAUGCAUCAAAUAAUGGUUUGACCAACAUUAAAUUGGAUAUUCAAGUUAAAGAAGAUGAUGAUAAUAAUGAUGAUAUCUCUGUCAAAGAGAAGAAGAAAGGAAACAAGAUAACAAAUCAAUUUAAACAAGAAUUGGAUGAAUAUUUUAAAGGUGAAAGAUUUGAAUUUCAAACAGAGUUGGACCAAAGUAUAGGUACACCAUUCCAAAAGCAAGCUUGGGAAGAACUGGUUAAAGUAAAGUAUGGUGAAACUGCUUCCUAUAAAGAUGUUGCUAUCAAGAUGGGAAGACCAUCUGCACCUCGAGCAGUUGCUACAGCUUGUCUUUCAUCAACAAAAUCUAUAGUUGAUUUAAAUCCAUCUAGUUUACCAACACAAUACAAUGUAAUAGGACCAUUCCCAAUAGGUGAAAGAGAGGAGGGAUUAGAUACAUUGGAAGCUUAUGGAGGUAUUUUUAAUAUCCCAAUUGGAGAUAAAUCACUCUACCCAUCUGAAUUGGGCAAUGGAGGAAUGGUCGGAUGGGUUUCUUUAAACUCUUCUACAUCGGGAUCACUGUCACUUGAUUGGAGUCAAUUUAUUGAUUGGUCAUUCUUGCAACAGGUUUGGGGAUGGAAUAUAUGGUUGUGGUAUGGCUAUGCUGUCGGUACAUUCACUGCCUAUCAAUCAUCACCCUAUAUCAUUUCAUGUACUGGAACAAGAACCUAUUUCAUCAGACAAUUGAGCAAUAAUACCAUUCAAGAGUUUGCAGGUGAUUUCUAUGGUUAUGGUACCGGUCAACAAUUGCUAUCUCUAGAGUCUGGUGUUACUUAUCAGUUUAUCGUACGUAUGGAUAGUUCUGUACGUCUCAAUCAAUCUCCAUUGGGUGCUUUCACUUGUCAAUUACAACUAGCUCCUCAACCAGCAAUCGUUCUUGAAAAUCAAAAUCUUGUUGCUGAUAUUGUCAAUGGUCAACUUGCAAGUCCAUAUUUAACAGUUACAAUAUUUAAUACAUAUACAUCGGUAUUGGAUAAUUUAGAUUUUACAGCUCAACUAUCUGAUCAAAGUUUACAAUUUAGUUUGGGUUUAGUGGCCAAUGCAACAGAGAUUACAGCUCAACCAGGUCAAAAAUUAUCGAUACCAUUGACCAUUACAGUAGAGGAAAAUCAACAAUUGUCAUGUCCAUUAGAAUUAUACUUGACGAUUAGAUCAAACGCUGCCAACAUUGCAUCGACCACCAUUACCUUUAAUUGUACCCAAUUCACGUCACCCUAUCUAUUUACCUUUCUCGACUAUGACAACACUGUCCAAUAUGCGAUGGUCAACCCUCCAAGCAACUGUCAAGGUUCUCCAUGUGGAGUAAUGAUUGCUACACAUGGUGCUGGUGUAGAAAGUUCAUCACAAUUUUGGAUUGAUGCAAUUGCUCAACAAAAAUCACUUUGGAUUUUAUAUCCCACUGGUCGAACAAGUUGGGGAUAUGAUUGGAGUAGUUCAAGUAGAAUAAAUGUAUUUAAUUCACAUUCUUAUUUGGUAUCAAAUUUACCAGGUGUACCAACACAAGAUAAAGAAUCCUAUGCGAUCGAUCCAAGUAAAAUAUUUUUCGUUGGACAUAGUAUGGGAGGACAUGGAUGUUGGACAUUGUUGUCUCAUUUUGGUGAUAUGGCUCUUGGAGGUGCAUGUGCAGCUGGGUUUGUUAAAUUACAAUUCUAUGUAUUUAUGAAUACUAGACCUGGAUUCAGUUAUGUCGAUCCAGUACUCCAAGGAUUGCUGAUGGCAUCGAUAUCAGACGAAGAUAAUGAUUUGUAUAGUACCAAUUUGGUUGGUAUCCCAUUGAUGGCUAGAUACGGACAGAAUGACACCAAUGUUAAUCCAUGGCACUCGAGGCGUAUGGCUAGAAUGACAGCCGAACAAAGUGAAAAUGCCACCGCCGUGGUAAUUAGUGAAAUUCCAAAUCAAGGUCACUGGUUUAAUGGUAUUUUGGGUGACGACUAUAUGCAAGCAUUUUACAACUCUAUCGUUGGUAAUGGACUCAACCUCCCACCCAUUCCAAAGACCAUUACUAUAACAUCGACCAAUCCAUCAUCUGCUGGUACUCGUGCCAAUAUAAUGAUUCUUCAAACACAGAUUCCAUCACGUGUCGGUCGUAUCCAAAUCAGCCAAGUACAAGAACAAAAUGGGUUAGUUUGGAUGUUGUCAACUCAAAACAUUAGAAGAUUCGCUCUUAAACCAGACCCUGUUCGUGCCAACAUGCCACAAUUCCUAAUGAUCGAUAGACAAUUGUUCCCAGUCGAAUACUAUCCCUACCACUACACCAGUCCCGACAAAUACGGUACAUUGUGGAACUCAUCCGACGAUAUGAGUUGGUUAGACGUUGAGAGAUCGGCGCCAACCUAUGGACCGAUGCGUCAAAUCUUUGAAAAGCCCGUUACCAUUGUCUAUGGUACCAAUGUCACUGCCGACCUACAACAACAAUUCCAAUGGGCUGCAGUACAUAUCGCCAAUGUUUGGAAUACCUAUGGUCGUGGAUCUCCCCAAAUCAUUGCCGAUGUUGAUUUUACAGUCGUCGAAUGUUCUCCCUCUGUCAACUAUAUCCUAUUGGGUGGACCACAAGAAAACAUUGUCACCACCAAAUAUGAAUUCAAUCUUCCAGUUCAAUAUGGUCCAGGCUUUUCUGUAGGACCUGUUGUCUAUCAAGAACCAGACCAAGGUAUUGCAUUCUUGGCUCCAAAUGAAUGCAACCAAGGUCUAUUGUUGGUUGUCAGUGGAAACAGUCCACAAGGAUUCAUAAAAGCACUUCGUGCCGUUCCAAUGCGAUCAGGUGUUGUUGCACCAGACUAUAUGGUAGUUGGAAGUGAUUGGGGUUGGAAGGGUGCAGGUGGUAUCGUUGCAACUGGCUUUUGGGACAACACAUGGCAAAUGUCAACUGAUGCUUGUUAUUUUGGUAUGAAUACUCAAUGGCCAUCACAAUAA